AUGGUCCUUUAUCUGCACUACUAUGCGCCCUUUGAACGAAGCAUCCUCAUACAUAUCUACAAUGCUGGGGAUCCUGUCAAACGGUAUAACUGUCAAAUGCGAUCUUACUCCAACUUCGUCUACUAUUCGCAUCAUUCUGUCGGUCGCUUCCUUCCCAGCGACGUAGUUGCUUUUGAUAGAGAGCUCCUUAAAGACAAGCGGAGCAGCGUCAAACUGCCAAGGGUUCUGAGGAAGCCCCAGUAUCCCCAGCGUGCCUUUGAUCCUGAGGAUUGUGAGUGCCCAGCGAUUAGCCUCGAGUGA